AUGCAAGUGGAGAUGAAGGAGCAGAUGAAGCCCUUCGAGAAGGGCCUGCACGAGGUCUACCAGGGCCUCAAUUCCCCCGACUUCGACGCACCGCCGGAGCUCGAGGGCAACUCCCUGGUUCAGGUGAACUGGGCGGUUUUUCUGAUCAUCGUCGUGGUAGCAGGUGGCACUGCGGUCGGCUGGUUCUGUGAUCUUGCUGGCAGCUCAGUCAGGUUAGCGAGGGGCUUCAACUGUCGCCAAGAGUGUUGCUAA